CAGUCUUGGAAAGACACGGGAAGAAGAAUCCACGCACGACGAUAUCAAGAUCUUCGUAGUUGCGGAACAUGACGAGCUUUUUCGACCAUCCGUACUACAGAUGGAAUAAAGUAUCUUUGAUGAGCAUCGGCACUUGGCCGGAACAAUCGCUCUUUGUGACGUGUUUCAUGUCAACUUUUGUAUGUGCCAAUCUGUUGAGCAUGUUCAUACCUGAGGGACUAUAUCUGAAGAAUAAGUGGCCAGAUACCGACGCGUUUCUCGAGUGGUUAGCGCCAUUUUGCGUUCUAACGAUAUCAGUCAUUCAAUUAUUAAAUGGCAGUUUCCAACGUAAGAAGUUCAGUACGAUUCUAAAUCACAUAUCUUCGGACUGGAAGCGUUUUGGUGAUUCACCCAACGCAGAAAUACUUCAUAAGUAUGCUGCUCGCGGACGCUGGAUUACAAAAGCAUAUAUCAAAUUAAUUUGCAAUCGACAUGCAACCAUUAUGAUGCCAUUGAGCGAUCUGGAAAAAGCAGUAGCUUUCAGAUAAUUUGUCACUGCAUCGACCUUCACCAAAACGCAAUAAUUUUUACUAGCCUCAUCGAUUCUGCUUACA